GCAGCAGCAUACACGUCGACGACGAAAACAUAUCGAAACAUACCGAGUCGUGUCGAAAGUCGAGCCGACUUGUGUGGGUGGCGUUGUUGGGGUUCACCCCCCCACACGGAAGGAAAACGCACGCGCAGGACAAACGCUUUUCGAAACGUCAGUCGUCGGCAGCAGCAGCUGUGUGCAUAUUCUCUUUUUCGCGGAAGCAACGGGGUCGUCGUUGACAUUUCGCACCGCACUCCUUUCCUCGCCUAUUCCUUUUUUUUAACCCCGCAAGCGAACAAAACCGAUCAAUAAUUCGUGACCGUGUCCGCCACACAGCAAACGGGGGUAAAUCAUCUCGUCAACUCCGGACCACUGCUCACCAGGGUGUUGUUUGCGAUUGCAGUGAAAAUAAUGCAUAAAGUACAGCCGGAAGUGCAGAGCAUUGCUAUACGGUAGUGUGAUACCAUCAGGCCUGCAAGAACGAAAGCUGCUUUGGCCCAAAACCACCAGCCAAGCUGUUAGGAAAGAAGUGAGCAAUUUUAGUGUGCGUGUCCGUGUGUGUCCGUGUGUGUGCGUGAUUAUGUGAGUACCAUUUUUUGGGGUGGAUGCACCGUCACCGAUAAGUGGAACUGAAGCGAAUCCACCACCAUACCCAGCUUGCCAGUGAGGACUGGAAAAAGGUAACUUCCGCUUUAAAAACCAAGCGCAAUCGAAGGAGACAAGUGACACCGCAACGCCUCCCAGCCCGACCCGAGCAUGCCGAUCGUGAAUAUACUGAAGCGCGCCUCCAGCUACAUCCUGGGCAGCGAUGACGACGCGGAGGAGGGGCCGGGCGAGCUGGUGUACGAAGACAACGAGAUACUGUUCUGCAAGAACAACAUCUGCGUCCAUCCGCCGGCCGUAGUGCGGCAGGAGUCGGACAUACUGCACUAUCCGGGCUACCUGACCGUCACGACCAAAACGUUCAUCGACCAGUACAACAAUGCCAAGCGUCCGACGCUCUUCCUCACCUGGAUACCGAACUCGACGCUCCGCAAGUGCCCCUCGACGGUGGAAAACGUGGGCCUGGCCCGGGCGGCCGCGAACGGUGUGGCGCUGAGCGAAAGCAAGCUAAAGCUCCACCUGCAGCAGCUACAGCCAGCGCCGAAGGGUAAUGGGGCGGACCGGGGCGCGGCCGGCCAGCCGGAGAAACCGACCGGGCCGGUCGGCGAGAAUCCGUUCACAACGACGAUCAAGAUCGCGAACACGAAUCCGUUCCUGGAACCGUACAACGAAACGAUCGCCCAGUCGGCGACGAGCGACAGCAAGUCGAUGAACUGCUCCGACUACUCGGAAACGAUCAGCAUCAGCUCGAACUCGGACAAGGCCAGCCUGUGCAACAGCAACGACUACGACGGGCGCGACGACGGUCCCGACGAUGAGGACGACGUGGAUGAAGGGUGCAUCGUGACGUCCGAAGCGCACCACUCGACAGCCUCGGUCGGGGGAGGCGAUGGUGCAGCGAACGAUCUGCUCGAGGAGGAGGAGGAAGAGGAGGGUGAAGAUGCGGAGCUAAAGACGGAACUGCAGCCACUGCUCGAGGACGGCACGAAGCUCUCGGCGGCGGGCGGCGGCACGGCCAAGCUGCACCACCAUCACAAGCUCCCGUCCCAGUCGUCCGUCACGUCCGUCAACAUAACGAUCGCGAGCCCGCACAUCCAAAACGUGGACAUUUCGCCGCCGGAGGCGACCCUGCCGGCGACGGAGCGCUUCCUGCGCUCGCUCUCCAUCACCUCCAGCGACGAGAACAACCCGAACUGGAUGUCGCCCGAGCUGCUGGCGUACAAGCACAAUCUCGCCUUCCCGGAGAGUGCGUCCGCGUCGCCGAUCGUGAGCCGCAAGGCGCCGCUCAAGUGUCGCCGCUUCUCGGUCGACCUGAGCCAGAUGCGUGCGCUGCGCCUGUUCUUCAACGACGAGCAGUGCACCUCCGGCCAGCUCGUGAUUGCGUCGCGCGAAUCCCAGUACAAGAUACUGCACUUCCAUCACGGCGGGCUGGACCAUCUCGCACAGGUGCUGCACCAGUGGCACUGUCUGCUGCACAACAUCAAGCUAGCCCCCGGGCAGGACGAGCCGGCCAACGUGCCGUACCGGCAGUUUAUGGUGUGCCGGCCGGAGGUGCGCCCGGCCGAGCUGCACCCGGAGGAGGGCAAGGUGUCGAAGAUUACGACCGACUACUUCUACGGCACGCUGCUGAACGAGCGCGGCCAGAUCGAGGACGAUCUGCAGCUGCGCAAGUGCGUGUUUUUCGGCGGGCUGGACCGCAGCCUGCGCAAAACGGUGUGGCCGUUUCUGCUGCACUGCUACAGCACCGGGUCGACGUUCGAGGAUCGGGCCGCGCUCGGGGAGAUACGGCGCCAGGAGUACGAGGAGAUUACGCGCAGGCGCCUGUACUCGAUGUCGCCCGAGGCGCAGGCCCAGUUCUGGCGCACGGUACAGUGCGUGAUCGAGAAGGACGUGGUGCGGACGGACCGGGGCAAUCCGUUCUUUGCCGGGGACGACAAUCCCAACAUUGACACGAUGAAAAACAUACUGCUGAACUAUGCAUUCUACAAUCCGGGCAUGUCAUACACCCAGGGCAUGAGCGACCUGUUGGCACCGGUGCUGUGCGAGAUCAAAAGCGAGUCGGAAACGUUCUGGUGCUUCGUGGGGCUGAUGCAGCGGGCGAUCUUCGUCUGCACCCCGACGGACAACGAUAUCGAUCGGAACUUGUGUUACCUAAGGGAAUUGAUUCGGCUCAUGGUUCCUAACUUUUACAAGCACCUGCAGAAGCAUGCCGAUGCGAUGGAAUUGUUAUUUUGUCAUCGUUGGAUUUUACUAUGCUUCAAACGUGAGUUCACCGAAGCGGUCGCCAUACGAAUGUGGGAGGCGUGCUGGUCCAACUAUCUGACCGACUACUUCCACCUGUUCCUCUGCCUGGCGAUCAUUGCGGUCUACGCGGACGAUGUAAUUGCUCAAGAUUUGCGCACGGAUGAAAUGUUGCUACACUUUAGCUCGCUGGCGAUGUACAUGGAUGGACAGUUGAUACUGCGUAAGGCGCGCGGUUUGCUGCACCAGUUCCGCCAGUAUCCCAAGAUACCCUGCACACUGUCCGGGCUGUGCAAACGGUGCGGCCCGGGCAUGUGGGACUCUGGCCACCAUCCGUCGAUCGAAUGCAUCGGCCAUCUCGAUCACGAGACGUGUGCACUAGCGAUGGAUUAAUUGGCGAAACCCGGGUAUAUUUGUCACCACAUCAUGAAUCUAUCGUUUCUCUUUUGUCGUACCACCGUUGCCUCUCUAUCUCUAAUGUAGUGGGUUUGCCGAACCAAGAAAAGUUUAUGGUCUCACCAUUUUAAUUCGCUUGCCGCUUUUGUAAAAAACAGAGGAUUUAUUCUUAAUUGAUUUUCUCUCACGAUUAUCGAAUGUGUUUAUAAAACUUUUCGAAGUACAAGAAGAGAUUUCUCAAAUAUUUCCGAUUGAGAUUUGAUCGCAGGAUGAACGGGAUGUCAACUGGAAACGAUAAUAAGACGCCACUCAGCCACGAACCGUUAGGGUACGUUACAAAGCAGGCUGCUUUUAUUCCGCACACAGCUUACUUAUGCUUUUCGUUGACAGGGUGACAGGCCCACGUCUACUACACGCUUCGGUUGUGUUUGGUUCCAUAGUAAGGCGCCAAAAGUAGCUCGUAAUGUAAUACUAGUCUAUGAUGAUAAUAUUGCCAAUAUCUGCUAUAGAAUAUCGAAUCAUUCCCGGUUUUCACUUUACCAAAAGAAACGUUAAUUUAUCCAGCGUAGUUUUAAACCAGAGCAUCCGAUCGGAACAAACCGUGCUAGACUUAAGUUGUAAUAUAGUGCAGCCACAGCAAGCAAAAAAUUCUAUUUUCAUUUCCUUUCAAUCUCCUCAAAUCCUCCAACGUUUAACAAAAAGGUUUAAAAAAUAGCCAAUCCAUUUUGGGACAGCAAACAGUAAAAAGUUGCAAAAUUGUGAAGGCGAAAGGGAUUGUUAUUGGAUCGGAAGUAGCAGAAAAAAAACAACUCGUUCAAUAAUUAUACAUAGAAAUUAUCUAUUGUUGAUGUUAUACAGAAUCUAAUGCUAUAGAUAUACCGAAAAUUUUAUAACCAAUUUAACUGCUAUCCAAAGUGUGUGUGUGUGUAUGUGUCGAUGCAUACAAAAACAAACAGGACACUUGCGCUGUAUGGCUUUCCAUGAUUGAACGUAAUCGUGCUGCUGUUUUCUUUUCGCUUUACUAGUUCGUCUACACUAAGCUCAAGUCAAACGGUCACAGUCAAAGGAGAGUUAAAUAGCAUUUAAAAAACCCGAUUCCGAUACGAAAAAGACACACACAGUUUCAACGCGUAUUAAAACUAAACAACUAGCCGUUUUAAGUUUAGCAAUAGGAUACAACGCAAACAAUGUAAUCAAAAUCGCCUACACCCAAUUACACGAAACACGCUGUACGCUUACAGGCAUGAGUUUACAGUAAACAAACAGUAAAAACAAACUGUUGCAAAAAAGCUGGCAAGCUUACUAUUGAAAGUGCUGUACAUUAUGAAAAAGAAUAUAAAACAAUAACAGGCGUAAGUUAUGAAUGAACGGAAAUGAGAAAGAAUGAAAGCUACACAAAUGUAUGCACUAUGAAGAGCAGAAAACUGAACAUGUUAAAAGUAAAAGUAAACAUUACAAACUAAAAGAAAGUAACAAAAAGACACGCUUAGGACUAAUGAUGAUGAAAAAAUCGAACAAACCCAGGGUAGGGACAAAACCAUACAACUACAACACAGUAUAUAAAACAACACCUGUAAUCUGCAAUGUGCUAAGGAAAAUAAAACAAUAAGCAAAACAUAAAA